AUGUUAGCUGCCAGUUUAGUACAUAUUACGAAUACAUUUACUUACGAGCUCGAGGUUUCAAAAAUCUACUGGCUUGCUCCACACGUAGCUUCGCACUCACUUCGCAUUCUGAAGAACAACCAGCAAGCAGAACAAGAAACAAGGGGGCACAUUUCCCUUCCAACUAUGACCACUUCUACGCCAGCUUCCGCUCCUCCGUCGCCUUCGCCCAGGGCUGAACAGACCCCGUCGGACAGCGAGUCGCAGACAAGAAGACAGGGCGUCGUCGGCGUAACUGGCGGUGACGAGCCUUGGACAGCCACUGCUGCUCGUACCACGUCAUAUCCCCCUCCGCUUCGCAUGAGCAAGCGUACCGCCACGCGUUCCACGGCAGGCGGCGCCCAGCAAGAAACGGGUAAAGUCAAGAAGAAGCCGACCGGGCGCGCAAUAUCGGUGGAUUCAGGGAGCUCCGGAGGCAAGUAG